GUGAAUUAAAAAAUUAGCAAAAUAGACUAGUUACAAUUACCAUAAUACAAUCAUUGCCAUAAUUAUUAUAUUUAUUUACAUUUAAUUUAUAAUUAUUGUUAGCAUUGAAUGCAAAAUCAAUUGAUUCAUUCAAUUAGAGACUAAAUGGCUAUUGAUUUGGAUGCGGACGACGAGUUGACAGCACUGCACCUGGAGUUUGAAUGGCUUCUGACCCAAGAGGUGAACACUAUAUUAACUCAAUUGCAUUCAAUUAUUCUGGAGUGUUGCCGUCGAUUUCCGGUUCACAUCCCAGGCCUGGAAUCACUGGUGAAGACCGAAAAGUUUCAGUUGAACUCAACCACACAUUUGGAUCAAAUCAAGAUCUGUGCCACACUUUCAGCAGAUAAUAUAUGCUAUGCUGACAUAAACCUUCGCCUCCAUAAGCACUCGAAUCCCAAUCAGAGAACUAUUGUUCAAAAUGACUGUCAAUGGAAACUGCACCAGAUUCAAGACGCGUCUAACCAUCUAAUGUCUGCCCUUUACUUACUGUCUUCGCCUCCUCUAAGAUUCGAUCGAAAGGAAAGCAAAUUUGACUUCAAAUCGGCUCAAGAAGUGAUUGAGAUGAUUAAUAACAUAAUGAGUUGCUUACAAAGGGGUCGAAACAGUCUUAUAGUACCGAAAAAGCGCACAAUUGAAGAGUUGCAGAGCAGUAGGAAUAUGCAUUCCCUUCAGCCGCCACUUCCAAACGAUCUCGCGGUCAGCUUUUACAUCCAGUCCCACAAACUGGUGUGCGCUGUGUAUCAUAUGCUGAAAGACCAUUCCUCCGGUCAACUCAAGUUCGAUAUAUUCCAAGCCGAGACAUCAGUUCCAUGGCUUAGCGAAGCACUGGUACUGUUCACAGUUGGCCUCCAGUUCUGUCAACAGCUUAAGGAUAAAGUUUCAGUUAUGGCGUCUGACUUCUUCUACCCCAACACGGGUGGUGUCGAGAGUCAUAUCUAUCAAUUGUCUCAAUGCCUCAUCCAAUUGGGACACAAAGUCAUAAUCAUUAGCCACGCGUACGACGACCGCACGGGUGUGCGAUAUAUGACCAAUGGUCUGAAGGUGUAUUACCUGCCGGUGUGGGUGGUGUACAACCAGUGCACUCUCCCCACCCUAUUCACCACAUUCCCUUUGGUCAGGUAUAUCCUGAUCCGAGAGCGCAUAGACAUAGUUCACGGCCACUCAGCCUUCUCGGCAUUGGCUCAUGAGGUGAUGUUUCACGCGAAGACACUGCACCUCAAGACUGUGUUCACCGAUCACUCGCUCUUUGGGUUCGCCGACUCCAGUGCUAUCAUCACCAAUAAGUUGCUCCAAAUCCUGUUAGCCAUCUGUAACCGAGUCAUCUGUGUCUCGCAUACCGGCAAAGAGAACACAGCGCUGAGGGCUGGCGUCGACCCGAACCGCAUAUCUGUGAUCCCCAACGCCGUCGACACCGAUAUAUUCAUGCCGUCCACCGAUAAGCACACCACUCAUCCCAAUACCAGAGUGGACCUAUUGGCGGGAGUCAUACCAAUCAUUUGCCACAAAUACAGUGAUAUCCGGUUUCUGAUUGGCGGCGACGGACCCAAGCGUAUAGUGAUUGAAGAGGUGGUAGAGCGGCAUCAGCUCCAGGAUAGGGUCACUCUAUUGGGUGCCAUCAAACACGACGACGUGAGGGAUGUUUUAGUCCAGGGGGAUGUCUUCCUCAACGCCUCCCUCACCGAAGCCUUCUGUAUGGCUAUCGUCGAAGCGGCCGCUUGUGGUCUACAAGUGGUGAGCACUCGAGUCGGAGGAAUACCAGAAGUGUUGCCCAAAGAGAUGAUUUGGUUGACUGAGCCAUCGGUGAGGGGCCUAUUGGACGGACUCGAGAGAGCGCUGGCAGAUAGGAGUGCAGGGAAUGUCAUCUCUCCCUUCGAAGCGCACAAACGCGUCAAAAGCUAUUAUCAAUGGGAAGACAUCGCGAAGAGGACUCAAAAAGUAUACGACUCUGUGAUCAAAGACCCGGUCGACCACUUGGGCCACAGAUUGCAUAAGUUCUGGCAGUGCGGACCGGUAUUCGGCGCCGUAUUCAUAGUGUUGGCAGUCGUUGAACACUUUCUGUCUGUACUGUUUGCACGACUGGUUCCCAUAGACUCUAUAGAUAUCGCACCCGAACUCACAAUCAAGAACUUUACCUCACAUUCCAUGGAUUCCUCAAACAAUGUUUGCCAUUCAAUGCCUGACAAUAGUUCCCAAAAUGGCCACAACUUGGAAGGUGGCGACGGACUCAUUGUCAACAAAAGGCUUUCCAAAGACUAG